AUGUCUCGACGCCCUACUCCCGGCCAAGCCGCCCAAAAUUCGCAGACUAUCAAGGGUUUGCUGAAACUGGAACACAACAAGAUUUGUGCCGACUGUAAACGGAACAAACAUCCGCGAUGGGCUUCCUGGAACCUGGGUGUGUUUGUUUGCAUUCGGUGCUCCGGCAUUCACAGGGGUAUGGGAACACACAUCAGUCGAGUCAAAUCCGUGGAUCUCGAUGCUUGGACCGAUGAACAACUUCAGAGUGUGAUCAAAUGGGGAAACUCAAGAGCGAACAAGUACUGGGAAGCCAAGUUGGCACCGGGCCACGCUCCCUCCGAAUCGAAGAUCGAGAACUUUAUUCGGACAAAGUACGAGAGCAAGCGAUGGGUGAUGGAGGGUGGUUUACCGGACCCCUCGACUCUUGAUGAUGGAGACGACGACGUGCCUCUCGCUGUUGUGCAGGAGAAAGCCAAGCUUGAACGUUCCGCUUCGCAACGUGUCGCCGCUCCCAGCCAGCCUCCGGUACACCGUCAACAAGCCUCAAUUGACUUGUUCGGUGACGACAUCUCUCCUCCUAACCGGCCCAGCACGACCGAUCCUACCCCGCGUGCGCCUCCGAGACAGGUACAGCCUGCGCCAGUCAAGACACACAAGCCCAAUGAUUCACUACUCGGCCUGGACUUCUUCGGGAGCACUCAGCCAUCUGCCGGCAGUCGUCCAACUAGCACGGUUUCCACACCCGCUGCGCCUACUGGAAUGUCUCGUCCAGAUCUUAAACAAUCAAUCUUGUCUUUGUACGCGAAGCCGCAGCCUGCGCCUGCGCAACAUGGACGGACGAACUCGUUCGGUGACAUGGCCUCUCCCCCGGCGCCAUCCGGCCACUCCAACAUGGGUGGUUUGACCGACGCCUUUAGCGGGCUGAGCUUCCCCAAUACUACCUCUCCUCCGCCUCCUAGACCAGCUGAAAAGGCUUCGCCAUUUGCCAAUCUUACAUCUUUCGCCAAGUCGACCCCGGCUGCCCCGAAGGUCACAUCUCCUUCCGGAUCCGCUAGCGGCGACCUUUUCGAUAGCCUCGCCUCCCCAACCAUGUCCGCCCCGAAGCCACAAUCCCGCACGACGUCCAUUUCCUCAAACGGACAAGACUGGGGAUUCGGUGGAUUUGCUUCUCCUCCCCCUGGCGCUAAACCGAACCCUCCCUCGUCAUCUCUCUCGAAUGACCUGUUCGGGUUUUCUUCGCCUCCUUCCGUACCUGCCUCUACCAUGUCACCUCCGAAGCCCACCGCAACUUCUCCACAGCAGGAAAUGAAAUCUGCUUUUAAUAUCUCCAGUCCACCUGUGCAGCCCCCUGCGCCUCCGAGAGCGCCAGCCACUACCGCCGCCAAUAUGAUGUCUGGAAGCCUGGAUCCCUGGGGUGGUAACGCAUGGAGCACAGCUGACCGUGCUCCAUCUCCCGCUCCCGCUCCUUCAACCAUCGCUUCCACGAUGAAGGUUCCUGACACCCUGACCCCUAACGACCUUGGAAACGGAUGGGGCGUGCCCUCCUCAGCGGCGAAGCCCGCACCUACCGUGGCAGCUGACGAGGACUUCGGCGGGUGGGCCAGCGCUGCUCCAGUUUCUAAUCCUACAUCAAGCAACAACGCCCCCAAGCCCGCUGGAGGAUUCGGAGGAUCAGACGACCUCUUCUCCAACGUUUGGGAGUAG